CCUGAGGCUGCAGCGCAACACGGCGAAGCUCGGACAUGCCGUUCGACUGCGCCGCACCGACCCCUGGGUUGUUCGCAGAUCGAGGCAACAAUGCGCCCUCACACCCUCAAUUGGUGUUGUGGUGUCGUCGUCAGUGUCGCCAUUGGCAGUGACGCAGAGUGCAGAGUGUGGCGGAGCAAGAGGCACCGUGGCGCGCAUGGGGAGCUCUGACUCUCCCGGCCAACGGUGUGACGGCGAUUCCACCCGGUCAGCUGUUGUCAUUGCGGUGCAAGUCUCAGCUCUGCGCCCAGCACACAAACCCUACUUGACAGCAAACCCUCCUCACUUUGCAGACGUGGUAAUCCUCCAUCCAACACCUCUUCCACUUCUCGAAACCGCAUACAGCAUGGGACUUGCAUCGAAGCUCGCCGCAGCAGGGCCUCCGCCAGGCGCCGCUCCAGGCGGAUAUCCUCCCCAGGGACAGCCAGGCGGAUACCCCGGGCAGCCGCAAUACCAGGCCUACCCAGGUGGGGCUGGCGGCCAACAGGUAAGCGCGUAAAAUCCCUUAUUAUUCACUCCUCCAUCAUCGCUUGCUCGCAUCGUCAUCACCCUACAUCCCGUGUCCGCG